AUGCUCUUGAUUGAGGGGAUAUUUGAUGCUUAUGAUCAUUCAGUACCACUGAAGGAAUUCCAGACGGCGUCGAAACCCAGACUACGAAUCUUUAAUGGCUGGCGCUCACGCAAUACUGAGUUAGACCACCAACAUUUGAAAGAGCUAUAUGCUUCAAACAUCCUAUGUUGUGGACAGCCUUCAGUUUCCAUGCGCCGGUUCGCUUCGCCUACUGAACAUAUGAAAUCAAGAGCGGAAGUUACUGAGCGAGUUGUUUCGGCUUUUCGCUUCGUUUUCCACUUGGCCUACGAGUUCCUUGAAGCGCGGUGUUUCAGAAUACAAUACCGAGCCGUAACCAGAGUGCAUAACGCCCUCAACCACAUUCCAAAGCCUCUUAACAACUGCGUCCACUCCACCCAACAAUGUCCAGCUACGUUGAAACCAGAAAAAUGGGAGAGAAACGACGAUCUAAUCAAGGUGGCCCAGUGGUCGUUAACACCCGAAUGGAUUCCUAAAACUCCAACACCCACCUUCAUCGACCCAUGUGACCCGCUCUUCCGAGUCCCAGAAAGAAAUUCGCCGACAGCCGUUGCUUUAGCGAGAUUCGCCGGACAUACGUUUGCGAUACUUGAAUUCGGAAGUUAUCCGGCGGCUGAAUUUGGAUGGGGGAAUAAUGACGCCUACUAA